CUCUUCCUGUUCCGUCCUCAGCUUCCUUACAGCACCUCCACCUGCUACAGGUGAGCCUCCCCAGGCCUUGUCUAGCCUUAAGCCGGCCCUCAGUCCCUCUGGUUGCAGAAGUUUCGUUACCCCCAAUGAGAGAAGGGGUAGAUCCAGGUCUCUUAAGAGCUGAGGGUUAGGAGCAUUGAGCCAACACAUAGACCCAUUACCUCUGUCCCCGAAGACACUUGCACCCUCCAUGCGGAGCCAAGAUGGGGAACAGAACCGAGGAAGAUUAUAACUUUGUCUUCAAGGUGGUGCUGAUCGGUGAGUCAGGUGUGGGGAAGACCAAUCUGCUGUCCCGAUUCACGCGCAAUGAAUUCAGCCACGAUAGCCGUACCACCAUCGGCGUGGAGUUCUCCACCCGCACUGUCAUGCUGGGCACCGCUGCUGUCAAGGCUCAGAUCUGGGACACGGCUGGCCUGGAGCGGUACCGAGCCAUCACCUCAGCGUACUAUCGUGGUGCAGUGGGAGCCCUACUGGUGUUUGACCUAACCAAGCACCAGACCUAUGCCGUGGUGGAGCGUUGGCUGAAGGAGCUCUAUGACCACGCCGAGGCCACUAUCGUCGUCAUGCUUGUGGGCAACAAGAGUGACCUCAGCCAGGCCCGGGAGGUGCCCAGUGACGAGGCCCGCAUGUUCGCUGAAAACAAUGGGCUGCUAUUCCUGGAGACCUCAGCCCUGGAUUCUACCAAUGUGGAGCUGGCCUUUGAGACUGUCCUCAAAGAGAUUUUCGCAAAGGUGUCCAAGCAGAGGCAGAACAGUACCCGGACCAAUGCCAUCACCCUGGGCAGUGCCCAGGCUGGGCAGGAGCCUGGCCCUGGUGAGAAGAAAGCCUGUUGCAUCAGCCUCUGACCUUAGCAGCACCAACUCUGCCCUGGUGCUCCCCCACCCCACGCUCCAGGACCUUUCCCUGCCCCGUGGCUGCGCAUGUCAGAGUGGCCUGUUCCCUGUUCACAGCCUCGCAGAGCUCUAAGGUCUUCACCCCCCCCCAAUAUCUCUAUUAUCUGCUACCCCCUCGCAGACUAGAGCUAUCAAAUAAAGCUAUUUUAUAUCAAUGCCUGG